UUGGGCAACCAACACUCUCGUUCUCAAAACGAAGUGUGGAUAGACGUAUCGCGUACCUUUCAUAGGUACCACCGCGACACCAUGCCCCGAUCCUCCUCCCCCGGAGCCUUCCGUGCCCACACCACUUCCUUUUAUCACUGUCACCUCGCCUCGACAGUUUGCCCACUUCAUCCGACAGGACGACGUCACCUUCUUUAUGGUGAACGUGACGGAUCUCUUACACUAUGAUCCACCCUGUCCCGACGCCAAGCUCAUCCCUCUGGAGCCAGAUGCCCCCUCUAUCUCCAUGGCUCCCAUCUGUACUUCCGUCCCUCCGCCGUCCGUCGAGUCCACCCCGCCCUCGCACGCGGACGCUGACGCUGAGGAACUCGCACGAUAUAUGGCUGACCUAGAGCCCGCAGUUCGUGACCUCAUCCGAGAGUACCACGACGUUUUCCCAUCGUCGUUCUCGUACGCCGGCAUCCCACCGAUGCGUGACGUCGAGCACUCCAUUCAGCUUGUGCCUGACUAUCGUGUUCACCACCAGGCACCCUACAGACUCUCGAUCCCCGAGGCCACCGAACUCAAGCGUCAGCUUGAGGAGCUCCUGAGACUGGGUUUCAUUAAACCCAGCAACUCCCCGUGGUGUGCACCCGUCCUCUUUGCUCGCAAAGCGGAUGGAACUCUCCGUCUCUGCAUCGACUAUCUCAGUCUCAACUGCUACACGGUUAAGAAUAGUUACCCCAUGCCUCGUUCCGAUGAGCUGUUCGGCCGCCUAGCAGGCAACCGCUUUUUUACAAAGAUUGAUCUUCGUAGCGGUUACCAUCAGAUCCGCGUCGCUGCAGCCGACCAGCCAAAGACCGCGUUCCGAUCGGGAUUCGGCCACUACGAGUUCACGGUGAUGCCAUUCGGCCUCACCAAUGCACCCGCUACCUUUCACAGGGCGAUGAACGACAUCUUCAGGGACAUCCUGGAGCAGUACGUUCUAGUCUACCUCGACGAUAUUCUGGUCUACAGUCGUACCCUUGAGGAUCACCUCAGACACCUCCGCGACGUCCUUGACCUCUUGCGCAGACAUGGCUUCUACGCCAAGCUGAGCAAGUGCCGCUUUGCCCAGCACAAAGUGGAUUUCUUAGGACACUACGUGUCUGACCAGGGUCUMCACAUGGACGACGCGAAGAUCACUGCUAUUGCGGAGUGGCCCACUCCCACAUCCGCCAAGCAGCUUCGCAGCUUCCUAGGCCUGACCAGCUACUAUAGUAAUUUCAUUCGGGGAUACGCUAGGAUGGGAUAUCCUGUUCUCUUGAUAUGUCAGGCGGGAGUAAGGGAGUCCAUUUGGUCAUUUCAAUGGAUGAUCGUCAUGAAUGACAUGGAUCAUGACAUAAUCCUUGGAAGACCCUGGUGUGCGAAUGUGGAAAUGAUAGGGAUGCACUUGCACGAUGGGGCAUACAUGGUAGACAUAGAGGAUCUGGUAACGGGACGUGGUGAGUUGCUCCGUCUCAUUGGGACAGGGGGCGACACUCCAAAGGGGAAAUUAGCAACAUGGUCACCAUCCUUUGAAGAGAGUGUCAGAAAAGGGGUUUUUGCAAGAAUGAAAGAGAUGAGAGAAAGGGUAGAGAUCAUGAUUGAGGAGGCAUUCAACAAGGAGUGGGUCAAGAUGGGACUGCCACAAAAGAAGCGAAGACAGAAGGAGGACGCUUUGGGCAUUAUGGUGAUAGAAAAGGAAACGGAGGUCAAACUAGGGGUCAAUCUACCCAGGCCAAAGGAGGCGCAAAAUGAGGAGUCAGGGAGAAUGCUUAAGAUCCUAGACUUACUGCAGCUUGUCAAAGCCAUCAAGUACCAUAAGGAAGGGGUGGAUCCGGUCGCGCUUGCCAAGUUUGAGGGAGAAGUCCGAAAGGGCCACUGUCUAAAUGGGAAACUGAUCAGCAUCCAGCCACGACUUGCCGAGGAGAAUGAGGAUGAGGACAAACCGUGUGAAGUCAUCGAGAUCAGCAAUGGGGAUGAGAUGGAUGAGAUUACAAGGCCACGAGAAGAAGGGCAGCCAGCGACAGUGGCUCGAAGGAAGGACCCUCCAACCGUCAUGGACCAGAGGUCCAGAGAAGCAGACGAGGCCUAUCACGCCCGAAUGCUGGCCUGGAGUACCGAAACAAAGAGACGGGCGGAUGACGCAGCAACAUCUGCGAAGAAGAAGGCAGAGGAUGCCGAGCAGGCACAUCUGCUGGCUCUGGAACAGCAGCGCCAGCACGACGAGGCAGCAGCAAAGGCUGCUGAUGAAGAACGACUUCAACGGCGGGAGGAGAUAUUUAGUGGAUAUCAGACUUUGCUCACAAUGGCAGCGGAGUGGCGGACCGAGGCCGAGAAUGGCAAGCUGGAGGAUAGCGAAAACAAGAUCGCUCUCCUCCUCUCCCAUCUCACGGACCUCCUGACAACAUGCAUUACACAGCAAGAGGACAUCCACAACCUCGACUACUCGCUGGCUCAAGUCCACGGCCGCCUCCGGCAGCUGGAGCAGCGACCUGUCGCCGCCCCCGAUGCCAGCUCUUCCAACACCUCUGAUCGCCUCGAAGCAUUGGAGAUGGACGUCGGCUCCCUCAAGGACGGCGUGCAGUUACAACAGACCGCAACGCAACAGUUGGAACAACGGAUCUGCACUGCCGCCAACCACUCGAGUUCGGAACCGCGCGAGAGAACUCCAAAGUUCGAUGGGCAGGAGAUCUUCUGCGACUCAACGAAGAUAGAUCCAAUUUCAUGGUUCCUCAAGUUCGAGCUCACGCUGCAGCUACACUACGUCAAAGAACACAAGCACCACACGUACUUAUACUCCCGGUCGGGGGGCGCGUGCCAGGCAUGGUUGGACAAUCUCUUGUCCAAGUACGGAGUAGUAGUUGGCGACUUGCACACCAAGAUCAGGCCACGUCAGCAGGCCACGUCAGCAGGCCACGUCAGCCGACAGCAGUGCCACGUCAACAGCAGGGAAUACCACGUCAGCAGGCCCCCGACCUGGUCUAUGCUGUUGCGUUCACAAAAAGCCGUCAUGGACCAGAGGUCCGGAGAAGCAGACGAGGCCUAUCACGCCCGGAUGCUGGCUUGGAGUACCGAAACAAAGAGACGGGCGGAUGAUGCAGCAACAGCAGCGAAGAAGAAGGUAGAGGACACCGAGCAGGCACGUCUGCUGGCAUUGGAACAGCAGCGCCAGCACGACGAGGCAGCAGCAAAGGCUGCUGAUGAAGAACGACUUCAAAGGCGGGAGGAGAUAUUUAGCGGAGAGCAGACUUUGCUCACAAUGGCAUCAGAGUGGCGAACCGAGGCCGAGAAUGGCAAGCUGGAGGAUAGCGAAAACAAGAUCGCUCUCCUCCUCUCCCAUCUCACGGACCUCCUGACAACAUGCAUUACACAACAGGAGGACAUCCACAGCCUCGACGACUCGCUGGCUCAAGUCCACGGCCGCCUCUGGCAGCUGGAGCAGCGACUUGUCGCCGCCCCCGAUCCCAGCUCUUCCAACACCUCUGAUCGCCUCGAAGCAUUGGAGAUGGACAUGGGCUCCCUCAAGGACGGCGUGCAGUUACAGCAGACCGCAACGCAACAGUUGGAACAACGGAUCUGCACUGCCGCCAACCACUCGAGUUCGGAACCGCGCGAGAGAACUCCAAAGUUCGACGGGCAGGAGAUCUUCUGCGACUCGACAAAGACAGAUCCAAUUUCAUGGUUCCGCAAGUUCGAGCUCACGCUGCAGCUACACUACGUCAAAGAACACAAGCACCACACAUACUUAUACUCCCGGUCGGGAGGCGCGUGCCAGGCAUGGUUGGACAAUCUCUUGUCCAAGUACGGAGUAGUAGUUGGCGAUUUGCACACCAAGAUCAGUUGGGAUGAUCUAAAGGCGGCGUGGCACAAGCGGUUCCAGGUCGAGCUGCCGGAGAUCAAGGCAAUGGACAAGCUAAUGGUCUUCAAACAAGGCACGCUGCCGAGUACCGACUGGAUUGCCGAGUACCAACGCUUGACAUCAGUCCCAGACAUCCAGAUGGGAUUCAAAGCCAUCCGCCACUAUUUCAUCUCAAGAUAGUGUCCGACAUUAAGCAAUGCCCUGACGCACGUUGAGGACACCUUGACGACUACGGCGGAACUCUUUGACAAGGCCGUGCAGAUCAUCAUUACGAACAAGGAGGCCAAGAACCUGCGUUCAUCUGAGCCAGGCCCGAGCAGAGACCAGCAUCAGCCAAGAGUGGUUGUGGUCGUGGCGGCAACGCCGUUUGACCAAACUAGCGAGGCCGUGUCUGCCAAUGAAGGUGACAGACUCGC